AUGAAAAGACGUCUAUCUAAUUCAAGUGAUAGAAAUUGUUUAUUAUCCCAAUUUGAUUUAUUUUUUCUUAAUUUUAUUAGACUACCCGAUGGUAUCAUAGAAUUAAUUUUAACAUAUAUUAGAAAAGAUCAUUUAGGAUUUUUUUUAGAUUGUUAUCCAUUAGUUAAAUUUAUUAUUCCUUAUCUUAAAGAAAAAGUCACUUUAGUCAAAUCAUUUUGGAAUCUUUCUGAACCACUUAAUGCUAAACGAUUUGAAAUUAAAUUUCUUAAUUGUCCCAUGCUUCUGGUUGAGGAAUUACAAGAAUUUGCAAUUAAAUAUGAUUUCCAUAUUAAAGAAGUAAAUGUUCUUUUAAGUUAUGAAAUUGCAUCAUUGUAUCUCAAGUUAAAAGAGGAACCAAAGACAAAGAAGAAAAAAAUACCAAAAAAAGUUCUUAAAAAAGAUGAAAGUGGAGUUUAUUAUGUAAAUCCCAGUAGAGAAGAUGUUAGAGAGUGGGUAGAAUAUUAUAGUCCAUUAAUGAAAAGAAUCAAAUGGUUGAAUAUUUCUGAUGAUUCAGAUACGGUUGAUUUUUACCUGCUGCUUCUGGGAGUGUGGUCUUAUAGUUCUGUUGGAUCACUUAUGGUCAAUAUUGAUUUCAAAUCCUCAGAUAGGGCAAAGGGGAUUCUUCUUAAUUUACCUACGGGAUUAAAUCAUCUUGAACUUUAUUAUAGAGGAAUUGUCACCGAACGAUUUUAUACUCAUUUUGAAAACUUGAAAGAACUAAUAGUUGAAAUAAUGUUUGUCACAGAAUUUAAAACCCUACCCGACACUCUAGAAAUGUUACAGGUUGAAGAAUUACACGAAGGAGGACUACUUAGGAAUUAUAAAACUCCAGAGAAUUUGAAAUAUUUCAAAGCUAAUGUUAGUAAUUCAUUAAAGAAUUAUCUUUUAUUGAUUCGAGAAAUGAAGAAUUUAGAAGUUUUAAAAAUCAUAUCAGCAGAAGCUAAAUCCUUAGAAGAGUUUGGAUUAAAUGAAUCUAAAAUAACUUGUUUGAAAUUUGGUUAUUGUUGUUACUUGAAUGAUUAUUCAGCUUUAUUAAGAUUUCCAAAACUAAAGAAAUUAUCAAUGGACAAUAGUAAAUUUCCAGACGAAUUAUUUCACGAUGGUUCAAAUCUUCCCAGUUUAAGAGAAUUCAAGUAUGUUAAUGAUGACCCAUUAGGAUGCGAUUUUAAUUUGGAUAAAAUAAAGUUCCCUGAUAAUCUAUCAACUUUGAAAUUACAAGGUGCAUUUCAAAUUAAUAAUUGGAAAAUCCCACUAAAGUUAAAUAGAUUAGAAUUAUAUUUUCCCAACUUUUUAAGUUUAACUAAUUUCAAAUUACCCCCAAAUUUAGUUUAUUUUAAAAUAGCUGGUAGUGAUGUGGAAAACUUGGAUAAUUUGCAAUUCCCCACCGGUUUGAUUACACUUAUAAUUAUUGAAAAUGAAGAGUUAACUUCUAUGGUUAACACAAAUUUAGGUAAAUUGACCGAACUAAAGAAUGUGGGCAUUUUUUACAACAACAAAUCAAUGGUAAGUGAUGAGCCAAAUAAAGAUGUUAAAUGUUGGUACAACAGUUUUACUAUGGGUUUACCAUAG